AUGGCUGAUGCUUACAAAGCUGACCCCCUCCCCCACCUAGACUGGAGUGUGUUUGCCACCCAGGCCACACUGGACUCCCACACGGACAUCAACGCCUAUGCCUCAUCUGUACUGGACUUUAUCAACACCAACAUCAACAGUGUCACCACCCUCAAACAGAUCACCACUUUCCCUAAUCAGAAGCCAUGGAUGAACAGGGAAGGUCCGCCUUUUGCUGAAGGCACGCGAUACUGCUUUCAGAUCAGGAAGUUCAAAGUCAAAAAUGCCCAGGCCGAUUUUUUGUCCAAGUCCGCCUCUGCUGAUAUCUGGCAGAGAACACUGCUCUUCAUCAUCACCAUCAUCAUCAUCAUCAUCAUGAAGCUGAUUGGUCUGCUGGUGCUCCUGCCUCUCGUCUUAUUGGUGGAGGGGGAGUUGGUUAAAUCUUUUGAGUCUUGUUCUCAGUUCUUUCUUAACGGGGUCCCCCCCACUCUGGUGCCAGACCAGAACAAGUACCGUCAGAUCUGCCAGAAAUACAAGAAGGAGUACCGCUAUGCCACCUUCUACGACAUCAACAACAGGAUCCCCAUCUACUCCGCCUAUGAGUACCAGGGACACAAUGCAAAGAGACCACAAGGCCUACCCUGGAUGAUUGAACCUCAGCUUGAGACAUCCGAUGAGAUGAGGACCUUUGGUGAGAACCAGGCUGUGAACGAGGACUACACAGGCUCUGAUUACACCAGGGGCCAUGUGUUCCCGCAGUGUCAAAGCUGUGACCAGGACCAGGCUGAGUCCACCUUCACCCUCACCAACAUCGCCCCACAGAAAGAAGCCGACAACAAGCGGUGGGCAAAGGAGGUGGAGAACCCUUUAAAGAGCAAAAUUGAACAAGAAUGUAAAUGGGAUAAGGACAACAAAGUGUAUGUAGUGACUGGGGUUGUGCCAGGGAAAGAGUUUAUACAGAGGAGAAUUGGCAAUGUUCAAGUGAAUCGAGUGAACAUCCCCACUCACUACUGGUCAGCUUUCGCCUGUAAGCGAAAGAAGCAAAAUAAGCCCACUGAUGUUGAGUGUAUGUUUGGGGGCUACAUGCUAGAGAUGAAAGGGGACAAAGGGGACAAGGGGCAAGCUGAGAAUACAGUGUAUGAAAAUAUACAAGACCUGAAUGCAGAGCUGGAAAAAAGUGAUGGUGGCACCCUGAGGGAGUCUGCUAUCGGCCGCGCUCUUGAGGCCAGGACCUGGGGAAUCCCUCCAGAUGCCACCCUACAUGGAGCUGAUGACCUUGGGCCACGUCCACACACCUUUGUUGGAGAUGAAGCGUUUCAUGCAGCCCUGUCCUGGAAAGAACCUCUCAUCAACAUUCAGAAUGUACCACAGGAUGAUGGGACAGCACCUUAA